CGGCCUCACCACCAGGGGCCGCUCCAUCUCCCCUCUCUAUGGUCGGGGGUUACUGCGCCGGCGCCGCCGGAAGUGACGACAUUGCGCAGGCGCGCGCGGCGGCAGCGGCCUGAGGCGGGAGCGGCGGUUGGAGCGGCGGGAGGGCCCGGCGCCAUGUCCUCGACGUCGCAGAAGCACCGGGACUUCGUGGCGGAGCCGAUGGGGGAGAAGCCGGUGGGGACGUUGGCCGGCAUCGGGGACGUGCUGGGCAAGAAGCUGGAGGAGAAGGGCUUUGACAAGGCCUACGUGGUGCUGGGGCAGUUCCUGGUGCUGCGCAAGGACGAGGAGCUGUUCCGGGAGUGGCUGAAGGAGACGUGCGGGGCCAACGCGCGGCAGUCGCGGGACUGCGCCGGCUGCCUGCGCGAGUGGUGCGACGCCUUCCUCUGAGCCCCCCGGCGCCCCAAACCCCCCCCGGCGCCCCAAACCCGCCCCCCCGGCACCCCAAACCCCCCCCCGGCACCCCCACCCCACCCCUGCCACCACCCCGCAGCCACCUGGCAAACGCCGGCUGCCUGCGCGAGUGGUGCGAGCCCUUCCUCUGAGCCCCACGGUGCCCCAAACCCCCCCUCCGGCGCCCCAAACCCCCCCUCCGGCGCCCCAAACCCCCCUCCGGCACCCCAACCCCACCCCCCAGCACCACCCCCCCCGCCACCACCCCGCAGCCACCCGCCAAACGCCGGCUGCGCAACACAUCGGGGCCCCCCCAAACUGUGGUGCUGCCCCCCCACCCACCGCAGGGAACCCCCGUUUUGGGGUGCCCCCACCCCUCGUGGGGGGGUGCCAGGGUGCUACUGCCUCCCCCCAACACCCCAAAUCCCCACCCCAACACCCCAAAUUCCCCCCCAGCACCCCAAAUCCCCACCCUGACACCCCCCUGGCACCCUGCAGCCACCCAGCAAACCCAUCGGGGCCCCCCCAAACUGUGGUGCUGCCCCCCCCGUCACCUAACCCCCAUUUUGGGGUGCCUCCACCCACUGGGGGGGGUGCCAGGGUGCCAUUGCCCCCCCCCAACACCCCAAAACCACCCGGGGGGGGGUCUGGGGGAGCCCUCCCCCCCUUCCUGGGGCUAUGCUGACAUUUCCCCCCUCCCCACACACAUGCGGGGGGGGGGGUGGGGGGGUUUUGGGGUGUCCCGUCCCCUCCCCCACGGGGCGAUUUUGUGUCAUUUUGGGGGUGACACCCCCACCCCCACAGAAAAAAAAAUCAAAUUUCUUUGUAAAAGGGUUUUGUAAACAAUAAAGGUUUUGCUGUGCUGGA